CUUGGCAACGGUUUACUUCCUGACACAGGACUACAGUACCCACAAUUCACCGUUCAAUGUUGUCAAAAGUGUUGCUUUCUCGGGUCACUUAUCGAACUCUGACCGUGGCCGGUUUAUUUUCUUAAACUUCGCGAUAUAAUGCACAUGUCCGGCCCUGACAUUGGGGAGGUGGGACACGGGCAGGGUCCCGGAGCGGGAUCGGCACAUGGAGGCUGCAAUCCUCGCAAAUUCAGCGAGAAGAUCGCCCUACACGCUCAGCGUCAGGCUGAUAACACAGCGGCUUUCCGCGAGGUUAUGAUGGACAUUACUUCCAUCAGGGUUCAGGCAGAGAGAGUCCGUGAAGCCAGAGGCAUGGCUUCAUACUAUGGUGGGUCUCUGCCAAAUGUCAAUCAGAUUUCAAGAUGCUCCACAGAAACCCAGUACUCAAGUUAUCUCAACCAGCAACGCUUAGAGGAAGAUGAAGGGUACAAAGAUAUCCAGCCUGGUCCUUUUGGCAGGCCGCACAAGAGACAUUUUGAUAGUGCACCUUAUUUGUCCAACCAACUUUCUCCUCCUCGAGGUCCAGCCUGGAAAGGAUUGUGGUCUAGUUGUUCUGCCACAGAGAAGAGCCAGAUGGUCCAUCUUCCUCUGACAGCUCUAAACAGAACCAACUCUGAUUCAGCCCUCCACACCAGCGUGCGAAACAUCCAUAUGCAUGGCCAGCCAAAAUCUGCCCAAGUCCUGAACCCUCAAACCAAACACAGCAUAUUUGCACAUUCGGUGCCACUAAUUGAAGAAAACAUUCAAGAGGAGACCUCUCCCAAAAUGAAGAAGUUCUCUUCUCUGGCAUCGCCAGGAUAUGGAACCCCUGUUGCCCACAGCUUCCCACUGCCUGAUCAGCAGGGAUCUUCUCUUCUGGUCCCAACGGCCCUCAGUACGAGUGGCUCUCUUCCGGAUCUCUCCAGCCUCCACCUGCCUUCUCCACUUCCUGUUGGCCAGGAUUCUGAGCCUCAUCACCUGAGCACCACUUCUGCGCACCCCAACAUUAUGGCCGACUUUACCUUGCCUAGUCUUUCCUCAUCUCUUCAGGCAUCUUUAAGUAAUCCUCUACUCCAGUCUUCACUCAGCAAUCCCAACAUCCAGUCAUCACUCAGCAGCCACUCCCUGCCCAGCUCCCUGAGCUCCACAUCCUUGCACCUGUCACUUAGUAACUCCUCCCUUCGGUCAUCUCUCAGCAACCAGUCCCUACAGUCCUCUCUUAGUAGCUCUUCACUAAGUAACCAGUCCAGCCAAUCAUCAAUCAGCCGUUGCAGCUACAGCAGUGGAAUCGGAGGGUCUCCCUCUUGCUCGUCCCCCUCUCUAGCUGGUUCCCCACGUGUACCUGGGCACACCCAUGCCGUUGGGUCACGAAAGAGAGCCCAGCUCAGUCCGCUUAUUGUAUCUGGUGGAGAUUCCCGCUGGCAGCAUCCAAAGCAGUUUUCACCCACUGUGUCUCCAAAUGUGUCUUCAAUAACACAGGGAUCUCUCCACAACCCCAUCAAAGUUUUUAAGGAGACAAAGCCACCAGCAUAUCCCUGCAGUCCGCUCCAUAAAACCAGUCCUUCGAUGUCCCAUCAGCCGGUGCGUCAGUACUUUCCUUCAGAUGCACAACAUCAGUCUAUCCCAGAGAUGGAACAGUGGAGUGAACAGUAUCCCGCCUCACAUCAUGAACACCAACCACAACAACUGCAUCCUCAACAGACACACAUUCAGACACAACCACACGUGUUUAAUUCACAGCACCACAUUCACAAUCAGACACGCCAAAUACAGCAACAUUUACAUCCACAGUCUAACUAUCAACAGCAGCCACUGUAUCAUUCAAAUACCCAACAAUUCACUCAGCACCAACAACCCGUAAUGCAACAUCAGCCAUUCGCACAAGCUCCUCAGCUGUCUAAGGCAAGCAGGUGGCAGUUGCCAUGCCAACAGGGCCAAUAUCAAGGCCAGUUGCAUCAACAGUUUCAUCAGCCUGCACCUUUUGCCUCUAAUGCUCAGGAGAAAAGCUGGAAUCGUGUGACAAGCCCGCACGUUCAGCCUCAUACGCGAGUAAAACAUCCUCUGGGACCCUGCGUGCAGGCACAGGGGCGAUCAAAACCACAAUUUAAGACUGAAGAAAAGAGCGUUUUGAACUCUUUGGAAGGUGGAAAAGUGCCCGCAAGUCUAAGCUCAUGCGAUAAAGGUUUCAAGCUGAACAAGGACUCUUAUGUCGGCUUACACCUGACCCCUAGCCAGGCGAAGGCCCUAUCCCAGCAGCUUGGAGUGCUUCAAAAGGAGCCGCUAGGUGGGGGUAGAGGGUCGGAUCCUAAUUGUCAAGCUGCAGAGAGCCACGAACAGCCUGUACUCAAGAACAUACUACCACAGCAAAACCAAAGCUGCGGUGCUGAUAGGGCGCAAAAUUGUAGAAACAUCAGCUUUAAUGAGCCAUUGUCCUGGUUGGAUCAGAAUACGUCAGACCUGUCUGACUCAGUUCUGGAGUUUGAUUUGGAAACGUUUGGCCUGGACAGUGAGGGUUUUCCUUCUCUGGAAGAUUUGGCAUAUGCACAGUAAAAACUUUGUUUACCUAUGCAGUGUAAAAUAAUGUACAUAUUAUAGGGAAUGUACUUUUGUAGUUGUUUUUUUUUAUAAGGAAAGAUCAACAAUGAACUUGAAACAGUCCUUAGAGCAGAAAGAAAACCAUAAAUUGCCUUAAAAACCCGUUUGGGGGAACAAGAAAGGCCUUAAUAAGAAGGAUUAAAAAUGGAGUAGGCAUAUGUGCCUUAACUUUGGGUUAUUAGC